UGAAUGUCCGGCUGUCAGCCACCGAGGAUCCGUCCUGUACAGGGCGACGAGCAACCAGCAAGCUGAUGUUUUAUAUUUAGCCAUCGUGAUUUCAUUUGGGAUUUUGCGUCGGCCAAAUAAUACUUGUCUGGUCGGCGAGGGGGAGGGAGAGAGAGAGAGAGGGAGAGAGAGAAAGGGAAAGAGGACGACGGCGCUCGGAAGGAGAAAAAAAAACCCCACACACACUCACACAUCGGGCCGGAGGAGGGGACGAGGACAGAGAGGGGGGAGUUCACUCCAAAUGCUAUCCCUUUAAAACAAGGGGGACACGGCGGUGGGGGAAGAGAGCGAUAGCGGCGCGGAGAAGACGGGAUAAAAAAAGAAAAGGGAAGAAAGAGCGAGGGCGGGAGGGAGCGUGUUACAAGGGAAAAAAAAGAAAGAUGUCAUCCUCUCGAUUGAAAUGCCGAGGCGGAGCCAUGGACCACGACCGACGAAGCGACUCAGCAGACAGGGAUGAGAUUUAACGCAACACCGAGGCUCGCUUACAGGCCCAGAAGCUACAAUAAAAUAGGUUGAUUAUUGUUUUUUUCCCCAUCCCGAGCGGACUGCUGAGUACAAAGCCAACGUCAAACUCAUUUUCUUUUAAACGUUGGGUUCUUUUUUGCAUGAAUUAUUUGCACAUGACUUGUCUUAUUUAUAAGCCACUAUUCCAGCAACUACAACAACAAAAAAAAAUCAUUAUCUGUAAUGUAUUAUAUAAAGCAUGACAUGACUGGUAUUUUUACCCUGUGGAUGUGGCUGUUUGUUUGUUUAGAAAAGUAAUAUUUUUUGGGGGAGGGGGAACUGUUCAUAUGAUUUAGGCUGUAUUUCCAUUUUCUAUAUCAAUAUUGUCAUUUUAAAAAUCCAGUUAGGUGUUGUAAAUGAUUAAUUAAGUCACGUCUGUGAGAGUGUUUUUAAAGCAUACUCCAGCAUUGUUCCUGGUGCUGGGUUACUUUUAGCUGCUUGCUUUCGCUUUCUGAAGCACAAAUCAGGGGAAACCUUUUUAGAGAAUUCACGUCAAGGGGAUCUAAAGGGAAAUCGGUACCUCGGACGUAACUGUUUCGAGUGUCGUCACUUCGACGUCAUUUCCGUCAUCGAUUCCUUCAAGAUGGACGCUGCUUGGAGCAAUUUCCUCUUUCAGACCCCGCCUUCACAGUCCCAAACGGAGAGCACCCUCCAAUCAGAUCUUCUGCCGGAGCUCACGGACACGCCUCCGGACCCGCCCACCGAACACAUAGCCCCGCCCCCAUCUACAGUGGACACAGCGGCGCUGAAUGAGGAGCCUGAGCCAGAGCCAGUUAAGUCUGUGUCUCGGCCUGCCCGGCCUGCUCAUAUCUGCUCCAUAUGCAACAAGCAGUUUAAGAACAGCUAUAACCUGCGUCGCCACCAGUCGGUCCACACUGGAGUAAAAAUGAAAGACCGAGCAGCUCGAGAGAAGGUGGACGCAGGGAAGGCGGGUCAGCGAGUGGAGAGGCAAAGCAUUCCUCUUUCCCUCCUCCAGCUCUCCAUUCCUGCCCCGAUCACAGUGGCUACAGAUCCCAUGAUACACCCACCCCCCAUCAGCAACCAACAGGUGGAAACAGUCGCUGUAUCUAUCACUCCAGCAACAGUUGCCAUGACAGCAGCCCAGCCUCUCCCUGCUGCUGUAGUGGUUACUGGGACAAUGGUGCAGGUUGGCUUGAUUGGAUAUUCACAGACACUGAUGUCCGAUGAUGUGUGUUUGAAGUCAAAAGAAGAUUAUUUUCAUGCUGCGCCAACUAACAAUACGGGAGAGACCCCCGGCCUUCCCAGCCCCAUUCAGAUCUCGAUCCCAAUCACUAAUCCACACCCUAUUCCUACUCCAAGUCCCAACCCCAACCCCAAUCCCAGCCCCAACCCUAACCCGGUAAGGAAGAACCAUGCUUGUGAGGCAUGCGGGAAGGCUUUCCGGGACGUGUACCAUCUGAAUCGGCACCGGUUGUCCCACUCGGAUGAGAAGCCGUACUCUUGUCCCAUUUGCCAGCAGCGUUUUAAGAGGAAGGAUCGGAUGAGUUACCACGUCAGAUCCCACCAGGGCGGAGUGGAGAAACCAUACGUGUGUCCUCAUUGCGCCAAGGGUUUCUCACGGCCUGACCAUCUUAACAGUCAUGUGCGGCAGGUGCACUCCACAGAGCGACCCUUCAAGUGUCCGACAUGCGAGUCUGCGUUUGCUACAAAGGACCGGCUGCGUGCUCAUAUGAUCAGACACGAGGACAAAGUUCCCUGCCAUAUUUGCGGCAAACUGCUCUCUCCUGCUUACAUCACGGAUCACAUGAGGGUCCACAACCAAUCCCAGCAUCACGUGUGCCACUUGUGCAACCGCAGCUUUACCACACUGACGUACCUGCGCGUCCAUGCUCAGAAACAUCACGGGCAGGAGUGGAAAGAGAGCAGCAUGGGCCGUGGCUCGGGGCCCGGUGGGGUGCUGUUGUGCCAACUGUGUGGAGUCCACUGCAAGACUCCCACCCAGCUCCAGGGCCACAUGGCCACGCAUGCCAACCAGGCAGACCAAACGGUAACAGACCCCAUCAGCAGCAGCACUUUAGCAGGCACAGUUUCCACGGCCACCCCUGUCUCCAGCCCUGCAGCCACCGUGGGCCUACUGGUGACUGACUGCUCUAGCAUCGCUGCCCAGAGCAACAGCUAACCCCAGGCGCCAGGGGCAGAGAUGGGGAAGGAAAGGGAGGGAUAAAGCACGGCAGCGAAUAGGAACAGGCUGUUACUUUGAAUGAAAAAAAAAAAAGUUGCUUUGGAAAUUUUGCACCUUCCUCCAUCUAUGCUGCCUCAGAGCCUGCAAGCAGUCAGCAUGAGCUAACUGACUUUUUAACAGCAAGUCUGAAAACUCAAGAAAACUCCAUUCAAGCGCUUACAGACUCCCAGCCAGUCCCGCUGGAUCUGCUUGGUUUGCUCUACUUUGGUAACUGCUCUACGAAGACGGACAGUUGGAUUAACUGGUGCAACACCUCUAGUUACGUCAGUAGUUUCCCAAGGGUGAGGCUGUGAAAAAAUGAAGGCUGUCAAGUGUUGUCCCAAUUUAUUUAUAACCCGUCUCUAGUGAUCAGGACUCUAGAAUGUUGAGACUAUGAUUUUUAGCUAUCUAAUUGAUUCCCAGUAUAAGUUAUGUUCAGUAUUUCAACAAAACAGCCAAAUAGGAUCAGGUAACUCACCCAUAUUCCAGCACAUUUAAGUUGCCUCUUUAUACAAGCUCUGCAGCUGUGAGAGAGGGGCUUAAACAAUGUAUAAUUUCCUGCCAUAAAUUCCUGAUGCCUGUUAACCGUUCAUUUAGAGUUAAAUGUAAAACAUAGGAGUCGCUUGUAUUGUUUAUUAUGUGUGGAUAUAAUGAACUAUUGCUGAAUAUCUUUUUUCCAAGAAAACUUGUUGAUGUUAAUUUAUCUUUAAGCUUUUGACUAAGGAUGUGAACGUUUGAUGUUGCUUGAGAAGCUGCAUAAUGCUCUAUCCUUUGACCCAUGUUUGUGUUUGAAGCUUUGUUGGACGCCAUAUCUUUGUUGCUGUCGCUGUGACAAUAUCUAAAUUAAUCAAUGUAAAAAUGACAAACGUGCACCUAAUUAUACUUACUUUAACUAAA